AUGAAUCUUCGAUCCUUGGUCCAAAAUCAUGAUCUUCAAGAUUCUGUUAAUCAGUUUCUUCCUCAAGCGAGCUUACCUUGUUCUCAGGUUUCUCCUACUACUUUGGUUCCUACUGAUCACCAGGUUCAUUCCUCGUCUCCUAUGUCCUCUCAAGAUGUUGUGACUUCUGAUUCCCAGUUCAGUGGGCUUCAGAGUCUUCUCUGUGCUGUUUCUCAGGCUUUUUUGAAUGAGCCAUCCACUAUUGUUCAUACUGACAAAGGAAAAGGGAUUCAAGCUUCUGACUCCUUUGUUCCUCCUUUUCCUCCUCGAGCUUUAUCUAUUGGUGGUGGUUCGGGUACCAAGAGAUCUUUUGUUAAGAGGUGGCUGUUGGUUCUUCUGUUUGUGGUCUCUCUCUAUCACUUAGGUUUUUUUGGUUCUGAUCAUAGGGCUUUAAAAGUUAUCCUUGAGGAUAAUCUUAGUAACGCGUCUGGGAGAAAGAGGUUUAUGUGUGAGAAUUUCUGGUUUUCUGAACCUGAUUUUCUCACUGUUGUUAAGGAAGGCUGGGAGAACAAUUCUUCUAAUCUUCCCUAUGCUGAUCCUCUUUCCACCUUCCUGCUCAAGCAGGACUCCUGUAUUAAGACUGUUCAGUCUUGGAGCUAUACUAGACAAAACUUUAGCCGUCGAAUUAAGUCUUUACAGGAUCGUCUUGAAACUUUGCACUCUUGUCAAUCCCCUUCUGAUUUUAAUAGUAAUCAGGCUAAAGAGCUUCAAUCUCAACUUGACUCUCUUCUUUUUAAAGAAGAGUUUAUCCCUAACCGUCUCUGUGAUUCUUCUAUACAACAACUUGAUGAAUCUUUUCAUAGUGAUGAGGUUAAGGAUGCUCUUUUCCAAAUGGCUGGGGAUAAAGCCCCGGGUUUGGAUGGAGUUAAUGCCAAGUUUUACCAAAAAAAUUGGUCUACAUUUGGCCCUGACUUAUGUAGUGCUGUUCUUUCUAUUCUUAAUAAUCAAGCUGAUAUUUCUUCCAUUAAUGAAACUGUUAUUGUUGUUAUCCCUAAGAAGAAGAAUGCUUCUCAAAUUCGAGAUUAUCGGCCAAUAAGUUUGUGUUCUACUAUUUAUAAAAUUGUUUCCAAAGUUUUAGCUAAUAGACUUAAGAAUGUACUUAAUGAUAUCAUUUCUCCAAAUCAAAGUGCUUUUAUUAAAAAUAGGGUCAUUUUUGAUAAUGUCUUCAUUGCUAAUGAGAUGGUCAAUGCUAUUACUCAUAGAAAGUUAGGUAAAGUUGAAUGGGUAGCUCUUAAGCUAGAUAUGGAAAAAGCGUUUGAUCAUGUUGAGGGGGGUUUUGUUAAGGCUAUUAUGCAGCACCUUUGUUUUCCUGUUAGGUUUGUUAAUCUCAUUCUUAGUUGCCUUUCUUCUGUUUCUUUCCGUCUCCUUAUUAAUGGCACCCUCACUAAGAAAUUCUCUUCCUCUAGGGGCAUUAGGCAGGGAGACCCCCUGUCCCCCUACAUUUUUCUUCUUGUCUCGGAAGCUUUAUCUGCUGCCAUUAGAUUGCAUGAGCAUGAUAAUUCUUCCCAGGGAAUUUCUAUAUGUCGUUCUGCUCCCUCUAUAUCUCAUCUUCUUUUUGCUGAUGAUAGCCUUCUAUUUUCUACUACCACUGCUCGAUCUUGUCUUGCCAUUAAGGCUGCUCUUGAUUUGUACCAUCAAGCUACGGGUCAACUUGUUAAUUUUACUAAGUCCUCUGUUCUUUUUUCCCCUAAUACUAGUGCUUUAGCUGCUGAGUUUUUCCGUCAUACUUUAGGUCUUGAAAAUAAGCCUUUCAUCAGUAAGUACUUAGGCAUUCCUCAGUGUUUUGGUAAAUCUAAAAAUGAACAUUUCAAUUUCUUUUUGCAAAAAGCCAGUUCUAAAUUGAGUAGUUGGACUAAUAAGCUGUUUUCAAGAGCUGGUAAGGAGGUUCUUCUUAAAGUUGUUAUCCAAGCUAUUCCCUCAUAUGCAAUGUCUUGUUUCAGGAUCCCUAUUUCUCUUCUAAGGGUCAUUGUCCUUCCUUUACUUGGCGUAGUUUGCUUUGGGGUAGGGAUCUUCUCAAAAGAGGUCUUAUUUGGAAGGUUGGGAAUGUCAAAUCUAUCUCUACAAUUGACUCUUAUUGGAUCCCUGGUUAGAGAAUUACAUUAUGCUUCUGCAGACGCAUACAGUUUUAUAUUUUCAAAGAAAUUGGCAAUGUUUUUUGAUGAGGAAGUUCUCCAGGGUAUUUUGACUAUUCCUCUUGCUGAUAUUUCUUUAGACGAUACUCUUGUUUGGGAGCAUCAUUCUUCGGGUCUGUUCACUGUGAAUUCAGCCUAUCAUUUAGCCAAAUCAAUUACUUCUUUACCGUCCUCUUCUAGCAGUAAUUCUCUAGUCAAGUGGUGGAAGACCCUUUGGAAUUUAAAAAUACCUCCCAAAAUGAAGCACCUUUUCUGGAGGGCCUUUCACCAUAGUCUUCCUACUGCUCUCAAUCUUUCCCAUAAGAAAAUCUUGUCGUCCCCUCUUUGUUCUCUUUGCUCUAAGGGUCCUGAAUCUGUUACUCAUGCACUAGUAGAGUGUUUCAGAGCUUCAAGAGAGUGGAAAGAUUCAAGGUUUAAAGAUUUCUAA